AUGGAUUUCCUUCAGCGCCUUGCCCGAUUUCUCGAUCGACCCUUGUUCCCUUGGAAGAAGCUCAUCGUCGGCUUCUCCCUCGCACAAUACGCCUUUGAAGGCUUCCUUUCUCUACGACAAUACCAGGUGUUGAAGCAGACCAAACCUCCGAAGGUUCUGAAAAACGAGGUCUCUCAAGAAGUGUUUGACAAAAGUCAGGCAUAUGGCAGGGCGAAAGCAAAGUAUGGUUUCGUUAGCGGUCUCUACGGUCAAAUCCAAAACACGGCAUUCAUCUACUUCGACAUUCUUCCUAAACUCUGGGCGUUAACUGGAUCAUGGCUUGUCUCAUACGCACCACCGCGGUUCAGUGGGGAGAUCUCGCAUUCUAUCGUCUUCGUACUAUCGUUCAUCGUCAUCCAACAAAUAAUCUCGCUGCCUACCUCUAUCUACCAUACAUUCGUCCUCGAAGAGAAGUUUGGCUUCAAUAAGCAAACACCUAAGCUUUUCGUCAUGGAUAUGUUGAAGGGACAGAUGUUGGCUUUCGUCUUGACUCCUCCUAUCCUUGCUGGAUUCCUCGCGAUUGUGCAAAAGGCGGGAGAUAACUUCUUUUACUAUCUAUGGUUGUUUGGAGCUGGAUUACAGGUUUUCAUGAUUACUGUUUACCCGAUUACGAUCUUGCCUUUGUUCAACAAGCUUUCGCCGUUACAACCCGGAGAUCUGAAGACUGGAGUAGAGGGUUUGGCAAAUAGACUUAAGUUUCCACUACACGAGCUUUAUGUCAUUGAUGGUAGCAAGAGAUCGGCGCAUAGCAAUGCGUAUUUCUUCGGUCUGCCAUGGAAGAAGCACAUUGUCAUUUACGAUACAUUGAUUGAGAAAAGCGAGACGGAGGAAGUUGUUGCUGUUCUUGCUCACGAACUUGGCCAUUGGAGUUUGGGUCAUACUACAAAGCUGUUUGGGAUUUCUCAGGCGCAUUUCUUCUACAUCUUCUCCCUUUUCUCCGUCUUCAUCAACAACAGAUCCCUCUACCAAUCAUUCGGCUUCCACAACGAGUUUCCAAUUAUAAUCGGGUUUAUCCUCUUCUCGGAUGCUCUCGCUCCAAUGGACACGGUUAUCAAGCUCUUGAUGAACAUCCUCAGCCGAAAAUACGAGUUCGAAGCCGAUGAGUUUGCGCAGAAUCUUGGAUACUCCACUGAACUCGCACGCUCUUUGAUCAAGCUUCAAAUCCAAAAUUUGAGUACCAUGGAUGCCGACUGGAUGUAUGCGAGCUACCAUUUCUCUCACCCGAUUCUUUCCGAGAGAUUGGGCGCUCUUGGAUGGAUCGACGAGAAGGAUGGUGUUGCUGUGUCGAAAGACGAAAAGGUGGUCAAGGCCAGCGGGCGCGACGAAUUGUAG